CCGAAAACAUCUGCUUUGACUUAUGACCCACUAGAUUUUCGUUGCGCGCCUCUCCCCUCGCAGCGAUCCAACCUCCGCCUUCAUGGCGGUUAGGUUUUUCCUUGUGUUUCUGAUACUGCUUUUCCACUCAACCAUAUCUUCUGCCGUAUACGAGGAUCAAGUAGGGCUUGCGGAUUGGCACCAAAGAUACAUAGGAAAAACAAAACAUGCUGUUUUCCAUAGUCAUAAAACAGGCAGAAAACGUGUAUUUGUUUCCACAGAAGAGAAUGUAAUUGCAUCUCUUGACCUCCGGACAGGAGAUAUAUUUUGGCGUCAUGUUCUUGGAGAAAAUGACCCUGUCAAUCAAGUUGAUAUUGCUCUUGGGAAAUAUAUUAUUACACUAUCAUCUGAAGGUAGUGUUUUGAGGGCCUGGAACCUUCCAGAUGGGCAGCUAAUUUGGGAAUCUGUCCUACAAUUCUCCGCACCUUCCAGUUCUUUGUUGCAUGUACCGACGAAAUUUGGCACUGAGAGAGAGAGCCUAAUUUUUGUUUUUGGAGGUGGAUGGCUUCAUGCGGUAUCAAGUAUUGAUGGCGUGAAAGUUUGGAAGAAAGAAUUAUAUAGAGAAAGAUUGGAAAUACAACAAGUUUUUCAGCAAGAUGACAGUGAAACCUUAUAUGCUGUAGGAUUCCUUGAUUCUUUACAGUUCGUUGCAUACCACAUAAAUACUAAAAAUGGGGAGGUUUUAAAGGAAAGCAAGAAAUCCCUCCCUAGUGGUUUUUAUGGGAGUAUGCUACUGGUUUCUCGGGACAUUUUGGUUGCAUUAGAUGCCAGCAGGUCAAUCGUAGUCUCAAUAAAAUUUUCCAGCGGUUCUGUUAGUUUCCAUCAGACAUAUAUUUCAGAUAUUGCUCCAGAAUUUUCUGGAAUAGCUGAAAUUGUGCCUACAAAACUUGCUGGCCUUUUUGCCUUGAGAACUGAUGCAGGCACUUUGUUAUUUAGAGUCAAUGGCAUAGGAAAUCUUGUGGUAGAAAAUAAAUUCAGCCAUCCGACUAUUUUUAGUGAUUCUCUGUCUAUCACAGAAGAACAUCAAGUGUUUUCAGUUGUGCAACAUUCGGAAACAAAAGUUCACAUUGCAGUGAAGUUUAUUAACGACUUAAUGAGUGACGUACUUGAAGAAAGUAUUGAACUGGAUCCACAGAAAGGAAGCGUGCAGAAAAUUUUCAUUAAUAAUUAUGUAAAAACAGACAGGUCCAAUGGAUUCAGGGUCCUUUUAGUGAUGGAAGAUCACUCCUUGCUUCUGGUUCAACAAGGCAAGAUUGUUUGGAGUAGGGAGGAUGGGCUGGCUUCAGUUGUAGAUUCAACAACAUUGGAACUGCCUGUUGAGAAGAUUGGCGUCUCAGUUGCAAAGGUGGAGCACAGCCUCUUUGAAUGGCUUAAGGGGCAUAUGCUGAAACUCAAAGGAACCCUCAUGCUUGCUACUUCUGAUGACCUUGCUGCUUUACAAGAGAUGAGAUUGAGAAGUUCGGAGAAAACUAAAAUGACAAGGGACCAUAAUGGAUUUAGGAAGUUAAUUAUUGUGCUUACUAAAGCUGGAAAGGUUUUUGCACUUCACACCGGAGAUGGUCGGGUUGUUUGGUCCCUUCUUCUUCCUUCACUUCGUACAAUAGGUGGUUGGGAACAUCCUUCUGCUCUAAAGCUAUCACAGUGGCAGGUUCCUCAUCAUCACGCAAUGGAUGAAAACCCUUCUGUUCUUGUGUUGGCCAAAUGUGAACCUGAUUCAGGUGUUUUCUCAAUAAUUGAUUCUUAUACUGGGAAGCUGAGAAGCUCUCAAAAGCUUCCUCAUUCCAUUUUUCAAGUCAUCCGGCUACCUCUUACAGACUCAACUGAGCAACAUCUCCAUCUUGUGAUAGAUUCAAAUUUUGAUGCACAUUUGUAUCCAAGAACAGCUGAAUCUAUUGACAUCUUUCUUUCUGAAAUUUCAAACAUUUACUGGUACUCAGUUGAUUCUAUUGAAGGCAUUAUGAGGGGUUAUUCUUUCAAUUCCAAAUGCAAAUCUGAUAUGGAAGAUCGAUACUGCUUUAAUACUAAAGAGUUGUGGUCAAUCAUCUUUCCAGCUCACUCUGAGAAGCUUGCGGUCAUUGCUACGAGAAAGAUGAACGAGGUGGUUCAUACACAAGCAAAGGUCAUAGCUGAUCAGGAUGUGAUGUAUAAGUACAUAUCAAGAAGUCUGCUCUUUGUUGCGACUGUUGCUCCAAAAGCUGCUGGCGAGAUUGGUUCGGUGACACCAGAAGAAGCUUGGUUAAUAGCAUACCUCAUUGAUGCUGUAACUGGACGCAUAUUACACCGUGUGAUUCAUCAGGGUGCACAAGGCCCUGUGAAUGCUGUGGUUAGUGAGAACUGGGUUGUAUACCACUACUUCAAUUUGAGAGCACACAGAUAUGAAAUGUCAGUUAUUGAAAUCUAUGAUCAGUCCCGAGCUGAUAACAAGGAUGUCUUGAAGCUUGUUCUGGGAAAUCAUAACUUGACGUCUCCUUUUUCUUUAUAUUCUCGGCCCGAGGUGAUGGUCAAAUCCCAGUCAUAUUUCUUUACCCAUUCUGUGAAAGUAAUGGCGGUAACUACAACAGCUAAGGGAAUAACUUCCAAGCAACUUCUCAUUGGAACUAUUACCGAUCAGGUAUUGGCUCUUGAUAAGCGCUAUCUUGAUCCAAGACGUACAGCAAACCCUACACCGUCCGAGAAGGAAGAGGGUAUUAUUCCACUUACAGAUUCUCUGCCAAUCAUACCUCAGUCUCAUGUGACACACUCGCUUCAAGUGGAAGGCAUUCGAGGCAUCGUAACGUUCCCCGCCAAAUUGGAAUCCAGCACCCUCGUCUUUGCCUAUGGAGUUGAUCUCUUCUUCUCCAGAAUCACUCCGUCGCGGUCUUACGACUCCCUUACAGAAGAUUUCAACUUCGCCCUCCUGCUCAUCACCAUUGUAGCCCUGCUGGCUGCUAUCUUGGUCACAUGGGUCCUCUCUGAGAAGAGAGAACUGAGGGAUAAAUGGAGGUAAGCGUUAUUUUCGCUCCAAAACCUUCAAAAGUUUUGUUCUCAACAUUUGUUUGAUACUGUUGUAAUUUAGUUUGUCUAAACUCUUACCAUAAAAUUUCUAUUUAUUUUUCAAUAAUUGCUUUUCCACUUGAA